UUGCCCCAUUCAUACCACCUUACGAACUUCCUUUUAUCUUUCUAAUUCUCUCUCAUUUUUCUUCUUCCUCUUUUACCCUCCACUAGUAAUUACUCUCUUUCAGUUCCUUGGAAUUAUGGCUAUCAGAAAAUCAAACAAACAGACGGCUGUGCUGAAGCAAAUCCUCAAGAGGUGCUCGAGUUUGGGGAAGAAACAGCAACACUAUGAUGAACAAGGUCUUCCAUUGGACGUGCCAAAGGGACAUUUUGUGGUAUAUGUUGGAGAAAACAGGAGCAGAUACAUUGUGCCGAUCUCUUUCUUGACACGCCCUGAGUUCCAAAUCUUGCUUCAACAAGCAGAGGAAGAAUUCGGCUUUGAUCAUGAUAUGGGUCUCACUAUUCCUUGUGAGGAAGAUGUCUUUCAAUCUCUGACAUCCAUGCUCAGAUGAGAGUCAACAGCCAUUUUAUUUUAAUUCACUCGGCAUCUUGGUCUUGGUUUGGUUCUUAAUUAUUUUUAUUUUUGCGGGGGGAAAGAAAAUGGUUCUGAUGAAGAUGAAGCUGCUUUACUGCUUCUCUGUUUUUAUUUUCUCCACCAUUUUACUUUAUUUUUUUUUCUUUUAUUUUUUGGGUGGUUCUUUUACAGUGACUCUGACCCAAAAAAAGAGAUAGAAACCCAUUGUAAGAUUAUAUCUGGGUUUUGGAUCGAUGUAUAAAUUUAAAUAUUUGAUAAGCUUGAAAUUUUCCUCACGGUGGUGUUAGGGGUUGUGUACCAUUUGUAACCCUGUGAGAGAACUAAUUAAUAGUUAUGAUAUUUGGGCCUUGUCCCCCCUUUCGGAUUU